GAAGCUAUUUUGCCAGCCACUUCAUUAUGGGAGGAGAGAAGUUUGACUCCACGCACCCUGAGGGUUACCUGUUUGGAGAGAACAGUGAUCUGAACUUUCUGGGGAACAGACCAGUAACGUUUCCUUAUGCUGCCCCACCUCCCCAAGAGCCCGUGAAGACUCUGAGAAGCCUGAUCAACAUCCGGAAGGACACACUAAGACUCGUAAAGUGUGCGGAGGAGGUAAAGACCCCUGGAGAAGAGGUUGGCAGAGCUAAAGUCCGCUACAACGUGGAGUUCACCUUUGACACUGACGCUCGGGUGGCCAUCACCAUCUACUAUCAGGCCACGGAAGAGUUCCAGAAUGGGAUUGCCAGCUACCUCCCCAGAGACAACAGCCUGCAGUCGGAGACGGUGCGUUACAAGCGAGGGGUGUGUCAGCAGUUCUGCCUGCCCUCCCACACCGUGGACCCCUCCGAGUGGCCGGAGGAGGAGCUUGGCUUUGAUCUGGACCGAGAGGUUUACCCUUUAGUGGUCCACGCCGUGGUGGAUGAAGGAGACGAGUAUUUUGGCCAUUGCCAUGUACUGCUGGGCACUUUCGAAAAGCACACAGAUGGAACUUUCUGCGUCAAGCCCCUCAAACAGAAACAAGUGGUAGAUGGGGUCAGCUACCUCCUUCAGGAGAUCUAUGGAAUUGAAAACAAGUACAACACACAAGAUUCUAAGGUGGCUGAGGAUGAAGUAAGCGAUAACAGUGCCGAGUGUGUGGUGUGUCUCUCGGAUGUGCGGGACACUCUGAUUCUGCCCUGUCGCCACCUCUGUCUGUGUAACACGUGUGCUGACACCCUGCGCUACCAGGCCAACAACUGCCCCAUCUGCCGCCUGCCCUUCCGGGCACUGCUCCAGAUCCGGGCCAUGAGGAAAAAAUUGGGCCCCCUGUCCCCAACCAGCUUUAACCCCAUCAUCUCGUCCCAGACGUCUGACUCAGAAGAGCAUUCGUCCUCAGAGAACAUUCCGCCAGGCUAUGAAGUGGUGUCUCUUCUGGAAGCCCUCAAUGGGCCCCUCACCCCGUCCCCAGCGGUCCCAGCCCUCCACGUGCUUGGAGAUGGCCAUCUGUCAGGAAUGCUGCCCUCCUACGGCAGCGAUGGCCACCUGCCCCCUGGCAGGACACUCUCCCCGCUCGACCGCCUGUCUGACUGCAGCAGCCAAGGAAUCAAGCUCAAAAAGAGUCUUUCCAAGUCUGUGUCCCAGAAUUCUUCCGUGUUGCAUGAAGAGGAAGAUGAGCGUUCUUGCAGUGAGUCAGAGACCCCGCUCUCUCAGAGGCCUUCAGCCCAGCAUCUGGAAGAGGAAUGUGGUGUAACCCCAGAAAGUGAGAAUCUUACCCUGUCAUCCUCGGGAGCUAUCGACCAGUCAUCUUGCACGGGGACGCCUCUCUCUUCCACGAUCUCCUCCCCAGAAGACCCUGCCAGCAGCAGUCUGGCCCAGUCAGUCAUGUCCAUGGUGUCCUCCCAGAGCCAGCACUCCCAGAUCAGCACCGACACGCUCUCCUCCAUGUCCGGCUCCUACAUUGCCCCUGGCACUGAGGAAGAGGCGCUCCCCUCGCCGCGGGCCGCCAGCAGGGCCCCCUCAGAAGGAGAGGUGAUGCCCACACGGUCUGCAGACAGCAGCUUCAUGGGCCUGGCCGCCGAAGAGCAGGACGCAGAGGGAAAUGAUGUUAUAGAGGAAGAGGAUGGAUCGCCCACACAGGAAGAUGGCCAGAGGACAUGCGCAUUUCUAGGUAUGGAGUGUGACAAUAACAAUGACUUUGGCAUCGCCAGCGUGAAAGCACUGGACAAUAAGCUGUGCCCUGAGGUCUGCUUACCCGGCACCUGGCAGGCCGAUGACAACGUUGUCAGUCGUCGGAACGCACAGCGCCGGCGCUUAUCAUCCGGCAGCCUGGAGGACCCCGAGGACAGGCCCUGUGUGUGGGGUCCUUUGGCCGUCUGAGAGCCCCAGCCCGUGCACCUGGGCUCCCUCCUGCCCCCACCUUCCAUCCUGGCCUCACGGGACUGCUGGUCUCCUGGGCGUCCUCAGUGAGACCAUGAAGACUGCAUCCAGAUGAAAGCUGGACGUGGAAGCCACCUGCUCCUGCUCCCAGCCCGGUCUCCUCCAUAACCAUGACCCUUCCCCUACCAGCAGGAACUCGAAGCCUCCUCUCUCCUUGUGGGCUGGAGCCUCUCAAUGAACUGCUGCUCAUGGGACCCUUUGCAGAGACUCUCUGGAAUGUAUCCACCCUAUCUUGAUCUUCAGGUGGAGCCGAGAUCCACAGGCUGGUUGUUUCUCAUCUUUUUCUCCUUAGGGGGCGUACCAAGAGGACCUGGAGUUUUGGCAGUUUCAUUACAAACACCCAUCUGGCAUUUUCUUGUCUCUGGAACAUCAUAAGCAAUUUGAACCCUCCACUUUGGGGUGGGGUUGGGGGAUGGCUCCUGUGAGAAGGGAAAGCCAUUUUGCACUCUAAGCCAAGUUUCCCUCAAAAAGCAUUAGGAGCUCCUUUCUCAAGGAUGAGAAACGGUGGCAACCAAAAAGUUGGUUGAAGAAAACAGUUCUUGCUUCUGGUCACAGAGCUAGUGUCCUGGGCCUCAUGUGUCUGUCUGCUUAGGAAGGAGGCCUUGGAUCUGAGAAUCCCCUAGUUACAUGAUUACCCUUAAGAAGGUUAUUCAUGGUCAGGUGCAUUCAUGAAGGCCUGGGACGCCAUCCUAAGGUGACUUUUCAAAAAACACAUUUUUGGCCACUUCUGUCUGCCAGGCACUGUGUUGUUAGCUGUCCUAUAUUCUCACAUUUCAUCACUGCACCCCGUCAGGUGGCAUUCUUAACACCUAUCAUCCCUGUCUCCACCCCUUCUUGUGAAUAGUUGAAGAAAUAGGCAGAGAGAGGGGGUUGAGCAGUGAUUCUCAAGUUGGAGCCCAGGAGUCCCAAAGGAGGAGGAGCACGCUGCCGAGCUGGGGCUAGCGGUGAUGGGGGAGCCUCCCCACCCCACGGGUUUCCCUCCCCUGCCUUCCAGAUCUGCUGAGCCUGGCGGGUGGGGGGAUGGGGAGGUACUCCUUCCCCAGGCUCUUUAGAGAUUCAGAGAUACUGUUCAAAUCCUGUGCCCCCCAGCCCUCCUCAGCCCCGUGUAAGGCAAGUAGACAAAAGUCUGAAACAGCGAGGAGUUACUCCUCCUCUCUCAACACUGGUGUUGCCAGUGGGUUCCACCUAGUUCUUGGACAGAUGUGUUGUCCACUGGCUUUGGGGAAAGGUGGUCUUUUAGUGGAGCAUGAAAUAGGGAAGCAAGGUCACAUACGGCCAUUUGUGAGGCUGAGAUGCCGUGGAGCCUUAAGCUCUGCCCAUCAUGAUGGCCUGUCUUCAUAUUUGGAAUCGUUACCUGAAAGAGUUUUUUCAGGGCCAUUCCCAACACCCCAAAGAGAGCCCGGUGCCCAGGGAAUCCUUCGCACCUUCUGUGUAGCUUCUUUGCACUGUCAGGCCUUGUGGUUAUGGCUUAGGUCCUGCCCUGGUUGGGGGAAGGCCUGUUGUCCUGACAGACGUGACAUGAACCAAGCCUGCAUCGAAGCUUCUGUCCUGAGUCCCCAUGUCCCCCUCUCCGAGGGCCUGCCAUGGACUCUGCUGCUUCAGGCCCCACUCCUUGUCCUUUCUUUCCCCCAAUAUUCUUACAGCCCCUUGUGUGUUUGACAUUGGAGCAAUAACCCCACUUCCUGAUGUCCUUGAAGUUUAAGCCCCAGGGAAUGGGGAGCUUCCCUUAGCCUGGGGUGGUGGCACACAGCCUCGUAUUCACAGUGUGGCGUUACCCGAGAUGAAAGAGAUGCAGGUAAACAGUAGCCACAGUGGCCAGGAACCCUGAGGGGAAACCAUUAUCACCCUCUUCUGAGGAGGACCAGCCUGUGUCCUUCCUGAAGCACAUGCUGGGUCCUCCCCCCAGCAAGAGGCUCAACAAAGAUUCUUCAAGGCCUUGGUUCCAUAAUCAAGACAUGCCUGGGUUAGAAAUGGCCCUUUCACCCCUGUUUCUCAGACCGAGCUUUCCAUCUUUCUCUCUCUCUCUUCCCCUCCCCCUCUCCCCUCUUUGUUCUUAUUUGGCUCUUAGGCAAGCAGAAAUACCCCAUCCAAAGGAGCUGCUCUUUAGUCAGCCUGAUCAGGGAACAGGGCAGCUGCCAACCCUACUGCCCCAGUCCAUCAUCUGGAGACAGUCAUGUUCUGAGCAAUUGACCCAGAGAGAACGGGAGGGGGCCUGGCUCUUCACUUGAGGGCACAGACUGUCUGGAGGCCUGUGGCUUCUCCCGCCAACUCCCGCCAGAGGUCUGAGCUCUCCCGUGGCCUCCAGGUGGUGUGGUGAUCCAGAGCCUUUUUCCCUUCCUCACCCAGUUCCACACACCAGAGUUUAUGCCCACAUAAACUCUGGGGCAUCUCCUGGGCACAGACCCACACACUUUGAGCCGUCUCACCUGGGGAGAGUUCGUGUCCUGCCCGCCUGAUCUUGGCAUGCUGGUUGAUCACUUCGCUUUAGGACCUGCACACCUGGUGUGUGCACGUGUGUGUGUGUGUGUGGACUGUUGGUACCAUCCGUGUACCCCCUCCCACUCGUGGGUACACUCAUGGGCACACUACAGUGGGGACGUCAAGGAUGCAAUAUUUAUGGAUUGCUGCAUGAUUCUUAAAAACGAAUAAAACUGUUUACAAGGGAAGGAGA